CCUCCUCCUCCUCCUCCUCCUCCUCCUCCUCCUCCUCCGCACUCUCAUGCGCGGACUGCCGCCGAGCCCUCCGGGGCUCCGUUUUGCACCACUCCUCGGGCCAGGCCCGGAGAGUGCGAUGACGGCCGUGGUCCCGCGGCGGCGUCGCCGAGGAGCCGGGCUUCGCGGUGGCGUCUCGCGCUGCUCGGCGCUCGGCGUGUUCGUCAAGCAGUUGCGAAACGUCGGCCUACCAAACAAUAUUCUAAGAACAUUUCGUGGUCUGCACGAAAUGUUCUUAGAACAUUUCUGGUCGGGGCUGUCUUGUUUCAGCACAUCGGGUUUAUGCCUAUAGAUGCCGGGACGGUCGGUCCCUGCUCAAGUUCGGAGUGGCCAGCGCGAAGGGCUGGAGUUGGGGCCAGGCUUGACGCCGGAGGUGGAGCCGUGGCUAAGACCGGCGCGUGUUCCAAGCGGAACAGCCAGCGUGAGGAGCGGAGGCUGCAAUAGCAGGCACAUUUUGCAAGCUACACGUUAUUUGAAGAUCUUCGGCCAUUGCCGCCAGGCAUCGAGGGAUCCCUCGUGGUCCCUCGUCACCAUUCUUGUCGUUGUCAGCCUCGUACUCGUUCUGUUCAUCUUUCUCCUGGCCGCCAAGUGGGGCCUCCUCUCCGGAGUGUCUGGAUCCCCACGUUCUCUCUUUGUGCUCGAAUUUUCACAGGCUGCUUGCACGGGGCCAGGUAGCACUUGCGAGGGGGCAAGGUCCACGAAUUUCCGUCAGUGCUAUUUUCGGCAUGUCGCCACCGAGCUGCAAGCGGAGCGUUUCGCUGCGCUUGGCCGAAUUUUCUAUGCCGCGCUGCUCCGGAAAAUCUCGCCGCGGGUUGGCGCCAUGGCCAGCCUGCGUUUUUGGCAGGCGCGCGCGCGCCUGCUGCGAGCAGGUUCACGUCUUCGUUGUGAUGGGCUGGCGGCCUGAGCACCCCAGGAUGCGAGCCGUGUCUUCGCGGGCUGGAGCGUGCCCCACCACACGCCGUCGUCGACGAUGCAGUCAAAGCGUGCAUUAACGACGGGUGGCAAAGGCGCAGGAUCCUUGGAUGCCG